CUUACUCUGGAAUCGCACGGGGAAGACGAACAUUCUCCUAAAUCAUCCGAAGGCAGCAACCUCGAUAUGGGGGAACGACAGCAACAAGCUCCCCGUAACACUCUUCGAACUUUGGCCCAGCCGGUUAUCGGGCCAGUCACUUCAUGCAUCCGUUUGCCGGACGCUGCACGGAACUACGAGCUUAAAAUGAUUCAUUACAAUCAGUUGCCGGAAUUCCACGGGCUUCCAAGCGAGGAUCCACUCAACUUCAUCCGGGAAUUUUACAAUGUCCUCAACACUUUCCCUCUCAAUGACCUUAAUGACGAGCAGAUGAAGCUGAGGUGUUUUCCCGAGACUCUGAAAGACCGGGCCAAGGCCUGGGAUGUCAAUCAGGAUGCCUCCAUCAAGUGCAUUGAGACUCAGUUGGGCCAACUGGCCGCUCGGGUGGAUACAAUUGAGACUGAGAUGAGCAAGGACAAGCUACCUAGUCAGCAUGAGCAAGCAAAAGCUAUAACAGUUCUCAGAAGCGGGAAGGAGGUGGACAACAAGGUUCAGAUGCCCGAGCCUGAGGAUAAAGAGACUCAUUCUGAAAAGAUCGAAGAAGCAGAGUCCGGGAAGGUGACAGACGAGCCGGUGUUACAUAAAUCGCCGAAUCCGUACAAGCCGCGCAUUUCCUUUCCGGACCGACUUAGGAACGAGAAGCAAGAGAAGCAGUUCCGAGAUCUUUUCUACAUGCUCUCCAAGGUGAACGUUAACUUACCUCUGCUCGAUGUGAUUAAGAAUAUGCCAUCAUAUGGUAAGUUCUUUAAGGACUUGGUGACCAAAAAGAGGAAGUUCGAAGAUGGAGAGAAGGUGGUCGUGUAUGAGGCGGCAAGUGCUAUGCAGCACGACUUGCCCAAGAAAGAGCGAGAUCUCGGUGGUUUCAUAAUUCAGAUAGCUCUGGGGAACGGGAAGGUAGCUUCAGGGAUGCUCGACCUCGGAGCCGGAAUUAAUCUCAUGCCCUUCUCGAUUUUUCAGAGGCUUGGCCUUGGGGAUUUGAGGCCGACUCGCAUGUGCCUCCAGUUAGCAGACCGUUCCAUCAGGUACCCGAAGGGGAUAGUCGAGGAUGUUCUCGUGAAGGUUGGUAAGCUUAUCAUUCCAGUGGAUUUCGUCGUUCUAGACGUUGGGGAUGUGCACGAGAAUGGGAAGGAUCACACCAUCCUUCUCGGGAGACCUUUCAUGGCGACGACCAAUACUCUGAUUGAUGUGAAGAACGGGACCCUGAACAUGACGGUUUUAGGGGAAUCAGUGUCUAUUUCUGUCCGAGAAGCCAUGUCUUCAUCUUCUGUCAACUUCAUAGAAGAAUGUGCUUUUAUUGAUCUUGCUGAUCCCUUUGUUGAUGAGAUGGUAUUUCAGGA